AUGGCCCGCAUCAUCGACCUGGUGCCUUGGGAUGACGGCUCCACCCUCGUGUACGCGUCCCCGGCCAUCCUGCUGCCCGUGGAGCGGCAGCGCAACAUGCUGGCUGGCGUGAAGCGGCAGCUCUACCACCCGGCCCUGCCCACCCUGCGGCGAAUGGACAUGGACACGGUCAAGGCCUGCCUUCCUGACGAGCACUGCCAGUCCUCCACCUACUGCUGCAAAGAUGAGUUUGACAAUGCCCACUUCACACUCCUGGGUGUCCCCAACAAACCCCUGCAGUGCUUGGACAUCACGGCCACCGGCCAGAAGCUCCGAGACAGGCACCUCCAGGGGAAGCUGGCGCCGGUCGCGCCGGGCAUCAGCCGGGUGAACUGGCCCUGCUUCACGCGCGCCGUCGAGGACUGGUCCCGCUUCGCGUCCGCGGCCGGCGAGUUGAAGCUGCCCUGCCUGGACAAGAGGGUCAAGAGCUUCAGCGGCUACGCGGUGCGGCACUUGAAGCCGGACGUGACCCAGAGCUGGCGGUAUUGCCUCAGUCAGAACCCCAGCCUGCAGCGCUACGGACAGAAGCCCCUGCCUUUCGACACCCUGAACACCUUCCGACGCUUCGGCUCCGACUACAGUCGUGUCAACUACCUGACUCCCUGGCAUUAAUCUACGAAAAGGAGGCUGACCCUCAGGCUUCCAGACCAUGCCACCUAAGUCCCCCCACAGAGGGCAUAUGGUGGCACUACCCAUCUCCCCAGGAGUUCACGCUGACUGGAAAUAAACCUAAUGCUUCCACACAGGGA